AGAAUAAAUAAAGGUAAAGAUUCUAAUCUGACAAAUUCCCCCCUUUUUCUUCUGCAGAAUUUUAGAUUUCUGUUCUGCUGCUGCGUUAAUCUCAAUUUCACCAUACCAAAUCUCAAUUCUCUCACUUUUCUUCCAUUUCUCCAUUCCUCUACACCUUCAGUUGUUGCUCUUAUUGCAGGGCCUCUUUUCCUCUUUUAGAGAAGAGGUCCACAAGGACCCUGACAAGUUAGAGGGAGGAGGCCAAUGGAUUUUGAAAGCAAUAGCUGGAUUGGGGAAAGGCUGUUUUACUACCCCAGGCUUUUUGGUGGAGUCAUGCUAACUGCAGCCUUGCUCGGGGUGUCAACUAGCUAUUUAACAGGGAUCAGUGCUCCUACUCUACCCCACAUUUUACCCAAUCUAAGUAUCUUUCGUAAAAAGAAGCGCGGGAAGAAGCGUAUUCGUGUUUAUGUGGAUGGGUGUUUUGAUCUAAUGCAUUAUGGUCAUGCAAAUGCGAUAAGACAAGCAAAAGAAUUAGGAGAUGAGUUAAUAGUUGGAGUUGUUAGUGAUGAAGAAAUUGUAGCUAAUAAGGGUCCACCGGUUUUAUGCAUGGAAGAAAGACUCGCCCUUGUUAGUGGGUUGAAGUGGGUGGAUGAAGUAAUUGCCAAUGCUCCUUAUGCAAUUACUGAAGAUUUUAUGAACCGUCUGUUUACUGAGCAUAAGAUUGAUUACAUUAUUCACGGUGAUGAUCCCUGUCUACUGCCCGAUGGAACUGAUGCGUAUGCACUAGCAAAGAAAGCUGGUCGUUACAAGCAGAUUAAACGCACUGAAGGUGUCUCCAGCACAGAUAUUGUAGGAAGGAUUCUUUCAUCUGCUAGAAGUAUUUCUCAAGAUUGCUCCAAUUCAUCUCUUCCCAGCAAAGAUGAUAAUAUGAACCAUGUACAUGCUGAGGAAAAAAUGUCGAAGAUCGAUCACAUAUCUAGUUUUCUGCCCACAUCUAGACGGAUUGUGCAAUUUUCGAAUGGAAAGGUAUCACAAGCUAUACCCUCUACUUAUUUGUGAGGCCUCAUGCCAGAU